UGUUCAAUUAAAUGCAAAUAGUCGUCGGUGGCAGCACUCCCACAGGCCAGUAAGUAGCGGAGCGGAAGCCCUCGCUCGAGUGUUCAUCGUUUGUCGCGGAAAUUCGAAGAUUGUUUGCGAAUGAAAAGUGGUGACUGAUGGUAGAAGUCGGCCACCAUCGUUACAAAGCUGCAUAAUUGGCGUUCGCACCAAUCGGCGAUAAGGCGUCCCAUUCCGUGAGAGGUGAAAAAUAGUUACAUGCUAGCAUCUUAACCUCGCUCGGUGAUCGUGCGACUCGAGGUGAGCUGCACCUUCGUGAUCUCACGGCUUUCCUCAGCAGCGCGCUGCCGAUCUCCAGUGUAAACGGAAUAGGAAAUUCCUUCAAGUUGGUAUCACUCAUCCGAUUGUUGACCGUAGUGUGUCGUCAUCAAGUACAGCGUAUCGGUUGUAUUUCGGUCCGUUUGAUCUCUCUGUGUGUGGAUUUGUGGGUACGUGUGAGGGAGUGUGACGAGAGGAUCUACAUCCGCCAAAUGGCAUCGUGAAAAGAAAACGAAAAGUUUGCUCCAGUGUCCGAUAACGUCACACCCUUCACAGCAGCACCAAAAGCGGUUCCAAAGAGGACCCCACCAAAGCGGGGCCCAUAUUAGCGCGGAAAGAAAGGGUGGUGCAGGACGGAAGGAAGGAAGAGAAAAAGGCGAAUAAUCGACAUUGACGAUAGUGAUGAAGUGAUACGGUGGCCUAAUCGCUAUUGUGUAGGCGUGCGUGCUUGUGUGCGUGUCGACUGUGUGCUUGCAUUUGCGAGUGUGUGCGUGGAUCACGCAUCCGCUCUGGAUAGAGAAGUAUCAAAUACGCUCCCACCGACCGGACACAAGUGAGGAAUCGCCCCUCUCCCCAACACAUUACCCAGCGGCAAGUGCUCUCGGGAAGGGUGCGCGAUCAGCGAAAAUAGUGACACGAUUGUGCGACUGUUCCACUACCCUUUGAUCGCGGUGUAAACACAAACACAAGCACAUCGAGUGCAGGCCGACUCUAAUUGAUCGUCGGAGAACUUCCAGCGGGUCUGCUAACAAGCAUUGCGUGCGAUCGUGCGUGCAUCCAGCAUCGUCAUCGGCAACAGCAUUUGAACCCCACCAGCGCCGGAGAGAACACGACACACACAGGGUUGCGAGCAUUGCAACGAUCGUCAUCUGACCGAUCUCCCGCCAUCCAGUUGGAAGCGAACGCAUCAAGCAACCCUCGACGAUCACUAGCCACGAUGAAUGAACUCGAAGCCCUGCGUACGGAGGCGGAAACGCUGAAGAAUGCGAUCCGCGAUGCACGAAAGGCGGUAUGCGAUACAUCGAUGGUGCAGGCCACGGCCCAGCUGGAGGCGGUUGGGCGGAUUCAACUACGCACUCGCCGGACUCUGCGCGGUCAUCUGGCAAAGAUCUAUGCGAUGCACUGGGGCAGCGACUCACGAUACCUGGUGUCGGCCUCGCAGGACGGCAAGCUGAUCGUGUGGGACUCGCACACCACCAACAAGGUGCACGCCAUCCCGCUGCGCUCGUCCUGGGUGAUGACGUGCGCGUACGCCCCGUCCGGUAACUAUGUUGCGUGUGGCGGCCUGGACAACAUCUGCUCGAUCUACAACCUGAAGACGCGCGAGGGCAACGUUCGCAUUGCGCGGGAACUCGGGGGCCACACUGGCUAUCUGUCUUGCUGUCGCUUUCUGGACGACAACCAAAUCGUGACCAGUUCGGGCGACAUGUCGUGUGCUCUGUGGGACAUCGAGACGGGUCAACAGACUACCUCUUUCCAGGGGCACACCGGUGAUGUGAUGGCCCUGUCAUUGGCCCCGCAGGGGAAAACGUUCGUGUCCGGGGCAUGUGAUGCGAAAGCAAAGCUGUGGGACAUCCGCGAGGGCCAGUGCAAGCAGACAUUCCCGGGCCACGAGAGUGACAUUAAUGCGGUGGCAUUCUUUCCGAACGGAUUUGCAUUUGCGACAGGUUCGGACGAUGCGACCUGCCGGCUGUUCGACAUCCGGGCCGACCAGGAGUUUGCGAUGUACUCGCACGACAACAUCAUCUGCGGCAUCACGUCGGUCGCGUUCUCCAAGUCGGGCCGCCUGUUGCUGGCCGGCUACGAUGACUUCAACUGCAACGUCUGGGAUACGAUGAAGGCGGAACGGGCCGGCAUCCUGGCCGGGCACGACAAUCGGGUGUCCUGUUUAGGCGUCACGGAGAACGGUAUGGCCGUGGCGACCGGUUCCUGGGACUCAUUCCUGCGUGUGUGGAAUUAGUGAGGUAACAGUCAGACGGAGUUAUGAGUUGCACGAGAAUCGCAGUGAGUAGUGCAAAAGGAUAAUUACCAGAGCCAAAAUGGAGGUGAAGCUCCUUCCAAAGGGGGGAAAGAUGUUUCAUUUUCGGUCAUUGUCUUUUUAAAAUAUAUUUUUGUAAAAUCGUUAACUCCCACCGUGAUCGUGCACAAACGUUUGUACCAUGCAGUGAUCACAGUCAUUUGAUUACCAAAACAGUUCAUUUGACGAUCAAGUGAUUUUCGCGCAGCAAUUGAGACAAUGCUGAUUCGGAUUAUGACUGCACAAAAUGACGGUACGGUCGGUCACACUAAGCUGUUCUCAACUGUGCCCAUGUGGGGCAGGUAAGAUGUUUACGAGGCCCGUGAUGCCUUCCAAAGCGCACAAUUUCUAACUAUCCGAUAGCCGGGGCAGGCAGAUUUGGUUCAUUUUUAAAUCCUCCUUUGUACGAUCCUGUUUGUGUCAGUGUCGCGUGUUGAGUAAAUAUUGUCCCGUACGUGAGUAAGCAAACGAAAUCUGUUUAGAAAGAGCAAAGUUGGCACAUGUGCUCUGCAUGUUCGUAAGAUAGCAUUUAAGUUUUAUGAUUUCCGAUUUGAUUUUCGUCAGUCAGAAUUGUUCUCCGAUAACUAGGAGUCUCUAUACGGCCCGAAAUCGUUAGAAGGAAGGAACGAUCGUUCCUUAAGAUCGCAAACGUUUUACAUUCUUUUAGGCCAAACAAAGACCAUCGAAGAGGCGCAGCUUGUCUAUUAAAUAUAUAUUGAAUAGAUAUGAAGAACACCUAAUUUAUAUCGUGGCAUUACCUUCUAUUAAAUAGCAGUCCCCUGUAGGGCGAAAGCAUCGUGCAGAUUGGGUAAAACGAUCAAUGAGGAUCAGAGAAAAACAUCACGGACAUAUCGCGCACAAACACCUCAUUUCCGUAAGUUCAUUUUCGUUUCAUUUAUUUAAAAAAUACACUUUUAAAUCCUGUUACAUUAAACGGCGAUGGGAGCAAAAAACGGGACAUGAAGUGGCCACGCACGACCACAUCCACAAGCACGCAGCAGCACAUGUAAUAGGGCAAAGUUAAAACUGCAAACAUACUGUACCCAAUUAGCCAGGACAUCGCCAGCUGAUAUAGGAUUGAUCGAGGGAAUAUUGUAGCUAUAGCGCAUACCAAGUUAAUUAAUAAAUUACGUGGGUUGAAACGAACAGGGCAGGGCCACGAAGCGGCGAAAUGGCAUCGAACAGCAAGGCAAAUCAAACAGCCGCCAGUAGGAACGUUGUUAAUGGACCAUUGCGGAUUUCGUUGUUAGAUGAAAUUUCGUUUUAAAUUCAUGAAUAAAGUCUCAUAUUAUGUA